AUAAUCUCAUAUAUCCUAGACAAUAACUCCAGUGUCUACAAUUGAACAACUAACACCUAACGAUUCUCAAUGUACAAAACUACGAGGUGUAACAAAUUAUGACAUGUUUUAUCUAUUUAUUCAUUCACAUGAUCAUUGAUUGCUUAAGUAUAAAUGAUUAAAGAAGUUAAAAUUGGCUAGUGAUUAAUGGGUUAACGGGUGAGGGUUCGCCUACUAGUGAUACUAAGGUAGGUGCCCGCACGAUCGGUUACUUGGGUCGUGACAGUAAUGGUGCCUUUAACCGAAUUCCAAAAUAAGAAAAGCUGGUGAAAUACAAUAUUUGCAUUUUGCGUAACCUAUUUUGUAUAAUCAUCACUUACUUUGAAAUGAAACCUUGCCUUGAUAUAAUGCAUAUAAAUCUGCACAUUAAAAACUACUAGUAGUUUGUCUUUUUCCACUCCAUAUCAGUGAUACAAAUUUUAAAGCAAAAAGGUACUUUGUAAAGCUUAUCUACAAACUAGUAAUUGAAAUCCUAGAUGAAACUUUUCCCUUCCCUGUCGGUCCUGCCUCUCCCCAAAUUACAUUCCUGCAACUUUUACCUAAACAUAAUUUUUAAACUUUUGGAACUCCACACGUUGAAGUAACAUUUGUAUGCAUUAUACUUUACUUAAUGUGCUGUUGAUGUAUAUAUUGGAACAUAUAACAUAUGAAAAUUCUUGGAGGGUUUAAAAUGCCUGAAGCAAUUAGUUCAAAGUCUCAAGAAAUGUAUUCAAUCAAAUUACAAAGAUCAUUAUAUGGUCUGAAAUAAUCAAGGGGCAUGUGGUACAAUCGCCUCAGUGAGUACUUGGUAAAUGAAGGUUAUAUAAAUGAUGCCAUUUGUCCAUGUGUGUUUAUUAAGAAAACAAAAUUAGAGUUUGUUAUACUUGCUGUUUAUGUUGACGACAUAAAUCUCAUUGGAACUCCCGAAGAGCUCCAAAAAGCAAUUGAAUAUUUCAAGAAAGAAUUUGAAAUGAAAGAUUUUUGAAAGACAAACUUUGUCUUGGUCUACAAAUUGAACAUUUGGCAAACAGGAUCUUUAUCCAUCAAUCUGCCUAUACCGACAAAGUUUUAAAAACGGUUUUACAUGGACAAUGCGCAUCCUUUAAGUACUCCAAUGGUUAUUCACUCGCUUGAAACGAGUAAAGAUCCAUUCCGACCCCAGAAAGAAAAUAAAGAGCUUUUUGGUCCUGAAGUACCAUAUCUUAGUGCAAUAGGUGCACUUAUGUAUCUUGCGAACGCUACAAGACCUGACAUAGCGUUCUCUGUUAAUUUGCUAGCAAGAUAUAGCUCUUUUCCCACACGAAGACAUGGGAACAGAAUCAAGCAUAUACUGCAAUAUAUGAAGGGAACUAUUGACAUGGGUCUGUUUUAUGCUAACAAUGGUAGUGCGGAUCUUGUUGGUUAUGCAUAUGCAGGUUAUUUAUCUGAUCCCCAUAAAGCUCGAUCUCAAACAGGCUAUCUGUUUACAUGCGGAGGUACUGCUAUAUCAUGGCGAUCUACAAAGCAAUCCAUUGUUGCUACUUCUUCGAAUCAUGCCGAGAUAAUAGCUAUUCAUGAAGCAAGUAGAGAAUGUGUGUGGUUGAGAUCAGUGACACAUUUCAUCAAAGAAAGAUGUGGUUUAAAGCGUGAUACAAAAAUACCCACGGUAUUAUAUGAAGACACUGCUGCAUGCAUAGCUCAAUUAAAAGGAGGCUUCAUAAAAUGAGAUAGAACGAAACACAUUUCACCAAAGUUAUUCUUCACACAUGAUCUCCAGAAGAAUGGUGAUAUUGAUGUGCAACAAAAUCUGUUCAAGUGACAAUCCUGCAGAUCUGUUCACCAAAUCUUUGUCAACUUCAACUUUUGAGAAGAUGAUAUUAAAGAUUGGAAUGCGAAGACUCCGACAUCUGAAUUUUGAUCUUCAUCAGGGGAAGUGAAAUACGUGUGGUACUCUUUUUCCCUUAACCAAGAUUUUGUCCCAUUGAGUUUUCUUGGUAAGGUUUUUAAUGAGGCAGCUCUCAAAGUGUAUUACUAGAUAUGUGUACUCUUUUUUCUUCAUUAGGGCUUUUUCCCACAAAGCUUUUCCUAAUAAGGUUUUAACGAAGCACACCAUCUAUUAAUGAACAUCCAAGGGUGAGUGUUGUAAAUAUCAUCUUUUGUUUGUCCAUUAACUUGGAGGCAACGUAAACUUGAUAACCAAGUUUAUAUCAUUAUCUUGGUGACCAAGUUUGUUACUUGGCCACCAAGUACCUUUUGCAACUAUAUAUAGUAAGUCAUUUGUAUAAGAUGAGAAAGAUAUACACAAUCAGUUUCUCCCUAUAUACUUCUCUCUGGUGUAUUUACUUUAUAACGUUUAUUUUAUAACACAUAUAAACUUGUAGCAUCAGUUGAAUGGAUUAGCAGUGGCAUCUCCAUGUUGAACAGGUAAAAUAUAAGUACUGGAAAACUGCACGUCCCUGCACCAAGUACAUACCCUUGUGGCCACCAAGUAUCCAACCUGCCUACCAACAAAAACUACAAAGCUAGAGCUCAGCAUAAUCGCACAUAAAGAUACCAAUACUUCAGCAUACGAUUAAAUCGGUAAUCGGUUACAUGGUACUGAAUCCAAAUCUGUUAUAAAGACACCAUCAACUACCAGGUACUCAAUGUCUUCGGUUAAUCUACAUCAAAAUGGGGGGAAAAGAACAAAA